CUGUGGAAGUGGGGAGAGCUUGACAGUUUCUUAGAGGGGUGACUCUGGUGAUUUAGACAACCCCCUUCAUCCUCUACUUCUUCCUGGGGAUUUGCUACUUUUCUCUUCUCUUUUUUUUUAUUUUUCCCCUCCACUUCCUUCCUUCUUCCAUUCCUGAGAGAUUUACAGUAUACUAGCUUUUUUCCCUUCUUCUUCUUCUCUCUUUUUCUUCUUCUUCCUCUUCUUCUCCCGGACAUGUCUUUCUCUCAGCUGGGGUACCCCCAGUUCCUCAGCGCCUCCUCCCACGAGGUGUACGGGGGCGAGCGGCCGGCCUCUGCCCGGGAAGGAGGCACUGAAGGCGGCGGCUUGAGCUCGUCCUCCGCCACCGCCGCGGCGGUCGGCUCCAUGCUGGGGAUGUACGGAAGCCCGUGGGCGGCCCACAACUACAGCGCCUUCCUCCCGUACAGCGGAGCCGCGGACCUCGCCCUCAUCUCCCAGAUGGGCUCCCAGUACGAGCUGAAGGACAGCCCGGGCUCCCACCUGGCCUCUCUGCCGGUCCACGCCGCUCAGGGCUUCUACCCGUACGGCCAGUACCCGUACGGGGACCCGUCCAGGGCCAAGACCGCCACGCGGGAGACCACCAGCACCCUGAAGGCCUGGCUGCAGGAGCACCAGAAGAACCCCUACCCCACCAAGGGGGAGAAGAUCAUGCUGGCCAUCAUCACCCGCAUGACACUCACACAGGUGUCCACGUGGUUCGCGAACGCGCGCCGACGCCUGAAGAAGGAGAACAAGGUCACGUGGGGCCGCAGCGCCGAGGAUCGCGACGGCCGCAUCUUCAGCAGCGACAACGAGGACGAGAUCGGCAAGAACGGCACCGACGAGGAGGAAGAGGAGGAGGAGAUCGACCUGGAGACCGUGGACAUCAUCGAGAGGCCCGAGGAGGAGCGGGAGGAGCGGCGGGGCGAGGAGGGAGAGGUUGAAGGAGAGAGAGAGGAAGAGGAGGAGGGGGAGGAGGAGGAGGAAGCGGGCCUGGCCGACAGGGAGCAGGCCUCGGAGCCGAAGAGCUCCGAGACCUGCAGGACGCUUUCCGCGGAGGGAGCGCGCGCGGUUUCCCUCCACCGACCGCCGGUUGUCAAACUCGCGGCGGAUCAUCUUCAUCACUCUCCCGGCAGUCUUCAUCACUCUCCCGGCACACCGGAGUGCCAGAGGCCGCCGCAGAGCAAACCCAAAAUCUGGUCCCUGGCGGAGACCGCCACGGCCCCGGACAACUCUCACAGAAAUUCCGCCGCGCACGCGCAGGCGCAUCACCACCACCCGGCUCUGGCCUCCGCCGGCCACCCUGCCUUGCUCCCGGGUCACGGGAUUUACACGUGCCAGAUUGGCAAACUGCACAACUGGGCCAACGCGGCUUUUCUGAACGCCAACUCUCUGUUGAACAUGCGCUCGCUCCUCGGAGGGGGCGCGCCGGCCGGACACCUGCCGCUCCACGGCGCGGUGCCGGCGGCGGCGGCGGCGCGUCAUGACGCACGGCUCGCGGCGGCGGCGGCGGGGCACAGGACUUCGGGGACGGAGGAGGACAGCGACGUGGAGUCGUCGGGGAGCUUCAGUCCAAAAAGAGACGACGAGGAGAGCGACCACAGGCCCGACUCCCGGAAGUCCCCAUUCCUGAUCACUGACAGACCUCACCACGGGACAGCGCCACAGCGAGUCGUGACGACGACGUUAUGAGAAGAUAAAGAGAGAAAAGAGAAAGGAAUAAUUUUAUUUAACGGAGAACAAUUUAACGAAGGCUAUUUUUAUUUUUUUAUUUUUUUCCGACAGAGCUACCUGUCGUAGUGUUUCACGCCGGUUAGCUUCCACGUGCUGAAGGACACGGUUGUUUCUGCUUGCGUCUCUUUUCAUGUCUUCUGUUGUGAAUGGAAACCUUUAAAAAAAAAAAUACAAUUGUAAAUACAGGAUAUGGAUUUGUCUUUAAAGAAUAUAUUUUUUUGGGAACUAAAUAAAUGUCAUUAUAGUCA